UCCAGGGUCUUGUUCCAGCAAGCCCACAAUCUUCUCUGUAUGCAUAUAUACAGAAGAACCCGUUCACUCCCCUCUUCAAAGUCUCCACACCUGGCUUCAGUACUCAUGUUAUCUGUGGGUUCAGACCUGGCUUCAGUACUCAUGUUAUCUGUGGGUUCAGACCUGGCUUCAGUACUCAUGUUAUCUGUGGGUUCAGACCUGGCUUCAGUACUCAUGUUAUCUGUGGGUUCAGACCUGGCUUCAGUACUCAUGUUAUCUGUGGGUUCAGACCUGGCUUCAAUACUCAUGUUAUCUUUAGGGUUUAAAAACAGGAAGCUUGAAAGCUGAGUCAAUUCCAAACAGAGAUGUGCAGGCCUUCCCUUCCCUUGAACAGGCCGAGUCGCUUUAAGUUCCUUUCAUGAAACCCUGUGAGCGUGCGAGAGAGUGUGCAUGUGAGUGUGCGAGAGAGUGUGCGAGUGUGCAUGUGAGUGUGCGAGAGAGUGUGCGAGUGUGCAUGUGAGCGUGCGAAAGAUUGUGCGAGUGUGCAUGUGAGUGUGCGAGUGACUGAGCAUGUGUGUGAGUAUGCAAGUGUGAGUGUGAGAGUGUGUAUGUGAGCGUGCAAGUGUGUAAGUGUGUGUGCGAGUGUGUGAGCGUUUGAGUGUGUGAGCAUGCAAGCGCGAGUGUGUGAGAGUGAGUGUGUGCGAGUGUGAGACUCCUGUUCCACACAGGAGCACUGGAAGCCCUUUCUGCUUUUACAUUCUACAAGUCAAUCUGAUCUGCAAGGACUGUUCUUCUCAACACUGGUUUGCUCUAUAGCAGUGCUCUGCACUUGAAAUGUGUUUAAAGGAUAAUUUGAUGCCUCCUGGCACCUGUGGGUCACAUGAUCUGGUGGCUCAUUGGAGCAAGUUUGAACGGAACACAAGUGAUCAGGUAGCAGGAAGGAACAAGAGGUAAGAAGACCAAACCUAGGUUCUCUUUCAAUGCGUGUAUGCAAUGCACAGGCUUCAGUACUCAUGUUAUCUGUGGGUUCAGACCUGGCUUCAAUACUCAUGUUAUCUUUAGGGUUUAAAAACAGGAAGCUUGAAAGCUGAGUCAAUUCCAAACAGAGAUGUGCAGGCCUUCCCUUCCCUUGAACAGGCCGAGUCGCUUUAAGUUCCUUUCAUGAAACCCUGUGAGCGUGCGAGAGAGUGUGUGAGUGUGCGAGAGAGUGUGCGAGUGUGCAUGUGAGUGUGCGAGAGAGUGUGCGAGUGUGCAUGUGAGCAUGCGAGAGAGUGUGCAUGUGAGCGUGCGAAAGAUUGUGCGAGUGUGCAUGUGAGUGUGCGAGUGACUGAGCAUGUGUGUGAGUAUGCAAGUGUGAGUGUGAGAGUGUGUAUGUGAGCGUGCAAGUGUGUAAGUGUGUGUGCGAGUGUGUGAGCGUUUGAGUGUGUGAGCAUGCAAGCGCGAGUGUGUGAGAGUGAGUGUGUGCGAGUGUGAGACUCCUGUUCCACACAGGAGCACUGGAAGCCCUUUCUGCUUUUACAUUCUACAAGUCAAUCUGAUCUGCAAGGACUGUUCUUCUCAACACUGGUUUGCUCUAUAGCAGUGCUCUGCACUUGAAAUGUGUUUAAAGGAUAAUUUGAUGCCUCCUGGCACCUGUGGGUCACAUGAUCUGGUGGCUCAUUGGAGCAAGUUUGAACGGAACACAAGUGAUCAGGUAGCAGGAAGGAACAAGAGGUAAGAAGACCAAACCUAGGUUCUCUUUCAAUGCGUGUAUGCAAUGCAAAGCAUUAUGUAUGCAAUGCAAAGCAGCCUGUCAUCUCUGUGUCUCUCUGUCUCUCUCUACAUUAGUUUAAUAAAUCACUUUGUUCAUGCACUGCAUUCCUGCUGGAGCCCCUGGAGAGGGAUUGAAUUGAAUCGUUGCUCAACGGUCCUGACAGAUUUACUGCUGGCGUUGACAUCAGAGCAGAGCUGUAUAGCAGAGUGGAGAGAGCAGAGCAGAGCUGUAUAGUGGAGCAGUGUGGAGUAGUGGUUAGGGCUCUGGACUCUUGACCGGAGGGUUGUGGGUUCAAUCCCCGGUGGGGACACUGCUGCUGUACCCUUGAGCAAGGUACUAGAUUGCUCCAGUAAAAAAAAACAACUGUAUAAAUGGGUAAUUGUAUGUAAAAAUAAUGUGAUAUCUUGUAACCAUUGUAAGUCGCCCUGGAUAAGGGCGUCUGCUAAGAAAUAAAUAAUAAUAAUAAUAAUAGUAUAGCAGAGUGGAGAGAGCAGAGCAACGCUGUAUAGCAGAGUGGAGCGAGCAGAGCAACGCUGUAUAGCAGAGUGGAGAGAGCAGAGCAGAGCAACAUGCGGGGGAGAGUGGAGAGAGCAGAGCAGAGCUGUGUAGCAGAGUGGAGAGAGCAGAGCAGAGCUGUGUAGCAGAGUGGAGAGAGCAGAGCAGAGCUGUGUAGCAGAGUGGAGAGAGCAGAGCAGAGCUGUGUAGCAGAGUGGAGAGAGCAGAGCAGAGUCUCCCUGUGACGAGGACCGCAGGUCUAUCUGUCUUCCUGCCUGCCUGUCUCUCUCUCUCUCUCUCUCUCUCUCUCUCUCUCUCUCAACGACCUUCAGCCAAGCUUACUGAGGCAGUGUUCCAUAGCAGCAGUGGAACCUUGCCCACUGUAAUCACAGGGCUCCGAGCUUAGCGAAGAAUGUUUCCAAAGGAGGAUAAUCUUUUUUUUAUUUAUUAUUUUAUUUUACUUCCCCAGAGUGCCUUCAGAAAUGUGUUUGUGGGGCAGCCUGUCCCUGCUGGGUGCUGUGCUGUGCUGUGCUGCGCUGUGCUGUGCUGUGUUUAAUUGUGCAGGUGGAGUUCCUGACCGCAGUGUGUUUGUGGGACAGCCUGUCCCUGUUGGGUGCUACGUUGUGCUGUGUUUAAUUGUGCAGGUGGAGUUCCUGACCGCAGUGUGUUUGUGGGACAGCCUGUCCCUGUUGGGUGCUGCGCUGUGCUGUGUUUAAUUGUGCAGGUGGAGUUCCUGACCGCAGUGUGUUUGUGGGACAGCCUGUCCCUGUUGGGUGCUGCGCUGUGCUGUGUUUAAUUGUGCAGGUGGAGUUCCUGACCGCAGUGUGUUUGUGGGGCAGCCUGUCCCUGUUGGGUGCUACGCUGUGCUGUGUUUAAUUGUGCAGGUGGAGUUCCUGACCGCAGUGUGUUUGUGGGACAGCCUGUCCCUGUUGGGUGCUACGCUGUGCUGUGUUUAAUUGUGCAGGUGGAGUUCCUGACCGCAGUGUGUUUGUGGGACAGCCUGUCCCUGUUGGGUGCUGCGCUGUGCUGUGUUUAAUUGUGCAGGUGGAGUUCCUGACCGCAGUGUGUUUGUGGGGCAGCCUGUCCCUGUUGGGUGCUGUGCUGUGCUGCGCUGCGCUGUGCUGUGCUGUGUUUAAUUGUGCAGGUGUGUUCCUGAUCCCGUACCUGCUGAUCGUGUUUGUCGGGGGGAUGCCGGUGUUCUUCCUGGAGGUGGCACUCGGACAGUUCAUGAAGCAGGGAGGAAUCUCCGCCUGGAACAUCGCACCGCUCUUCAAAGGUCUGGGCGUCUCCUCCAUGAUCAUCGUGUUCUUCUGCAACACCUAUUACAUCAUGAUCCUGGUGUGGGGGCUGUACUACCUGCUGCACUCCUUCACUGACCCUCUGCCCUGGGCCACUUGCGGGAACACCUGGAACACGGCAAACUGCACCCGAGUCUUCCGCGGCGAUGGCUGCUACAACGGCUCUGCCAGCGGCAACGUAUCGGCCUUCAAUAGCAGCUGUGAGGAGCGGGCGGGCCAGCGCUCCCCCAUCAUUGAGUUCUGGGAGAACAAAGUUCUGCAUAUCUCUGGAGGUUUGGAUGAGCCAGGAAAUAUCAACUGGGAGAUGACCCUCUGUCUUCUUGCCACCUGGAUCAUUGUCUACUUCUGUGUCUGGAAAGGGGUGAAGUCCUCAGGGAAGGUGGUGUACUUCACAGCUCUCUUUCCCUACCUGGUGCUGGCUGUUCUCCUGGCCCAUGGUGUGACUCUGCCAGGGGCUCUUGAUGGCAUUGUUUACUACCUGAAGCCUGACUGGUCCAAGCUGGGUGAAGCACAGGUUUGGAUUGAUGCUGGCACUCAGAUCUUCUUCUCUUAUGCGAUUGGUUUGGGGGCUCUGACUGCCCUGGGCAGCUACAACCACUUCCACAACAACUGCUACCAGGAUGCCUAUGUCCUGGCCGUUAUUAACAGUGGGACCAGUUUCUUCGCUGGCUUCGUGGUCUUCUCUGUGCUGGGCUUCAUGGCGUCCGAGCAGGGGGUCGAUAUCUCCAGGGUGGCUGAAUCCGGUCCCGGGCUGGUGUUCAUCGCAUACCCCAAGGCUGUGACUCUGAUGCCUCUCGCUCCUUUCUGGGCCACUCUCUUCUUCUUCAUGCUGCUCAUCCUGGGGCUCGACAGCCAGUUUGUGGGAGUGGAGGGCUUCAUUACUGGGAUUAUGGACAUGAUCCCCAAUUCUGUGGCGGGCUCUGUGCGCAGGGAGGUCGUCGUGGCGAUCUGCUGCUUCAUCUGCUUCAUCAUCGACCUCUCCAUGGUGACCGAGGGCGGGAUGUUCGUGUUCCAGCUCUUCGAUUAUUACUCAGCAAGUGGAAUGACGCUGCUCUGGCAGGCCUUCUGGGAAUGUGUGGUGGUGGCCUGGGUCUAUGGGGCUGAUCGCUUCAUGGAUGAUAUUGCCAGGAUGAUCGGGUACCAGCCCAUGCCCUUGGUUAAGUGGUGCUGGGCGUUCAUCACCCCCUGCCUCUGCAUGGGGAUCUUCCUGUUCCACGUGGUGAACUACAGGCCGGUGAGCUACAACUCCAGCUACGUGUACCCCUGGUGGGGGGAGGCUGUGGGCUGGUGUCUGGCACUGUCCUCCAUGCUGUGCAUCCCCGUCACCGUGCUGUUCAAACUGCUGACCUGCAAGGGCUCACUGCUGGAGCGCUGGCAGCACCUCACCACCCCAGUGUGGGGACGCCAUCACCUGGAGUACCUCGCACACGAGUCUAAGGCCAAGCUGCGGCCUCCAGCGGGCCCGGAGAAAUCCAUCCUGCUCUUCGAGACUGUCAUCUAGGGACGGCACCCUGCUUCAUCACAGCAGCCUGUGUGGGUGUGUGUGUCUGUAAAUCCACCUUCCCUCUGUCAGCCAAACUGGGAAUAUAGAUUUAGGGGUCUGAAUGCCAAAAUGGACCUAAUCGAAACCGUCCCAUCAAAACACACACAGAGACACACACAGACACACAGAGAUACAGACACAGACACAGACCCCCCCCCCACACACACACACAGACACAAACACACACACCCUACACAGACACACAGACACACUCACACACAGAGACACACACACAGACACAGACACACUCACACACAGAGACACACACACAGACACACACAUACACAGACACACUCACACACAGAGACACACACACAGACACACACAUACACAGACAAACUCACACACAGAGACGCAGACACACAGAGAUACACACACACGUGAGAUAUCAUAGCAAACAGGCCCUAACCUCAAGUGGGAAAAAUCUCCUCAGCAGACUGUGAAGUUGAUUGAACACCAGGAUCCCCCCCUCUCCCUCCCCCCCCCUCCCCCUCUCUCCCGCUUCCCAUUCCCCCCCCCCACAUCCCACAGCAAGGUCUGUGAGUGCAAGCGCAGUCUGGCCGGUACAAUCCCAGUGCAGUCUUCAUUAACGGAAUGGAGGGGAACGAGAGAGCAGUGCUAAUGUUUCACAGCCGAGCAUUCCUAUUUCAAGCACCAUUCAGCCAGCCUGACUGAGCCCCUGAUAAUAGAGUGUGCUGUGCAGUGAGUCUGACUGAGCCCCUGAUAAUAGAGUGUGCUGUUCAGUGAGUCUGACUGAGCCCCUAAUAGAGCGUGCUGUGCAGUGAGUCUGACUGAACUCCUGAUAAUGGAGUGUGCUGUGCAGUGAGUCUGACUGAGCCCCUGAUAAUAGAGUGUGCUGUGCAGUGAGUCUGACUGAGCCCCUGAUAAUGGAGUGUGCUGUGCAGUGAGUCUGACUGAGCCCCUGAUAAUGGAGUGUGCUGUGCAGUGAGUCUGACUGAGCCCCUAAUAGAGCGUGCUGUGCAGUGUCUGACUGAACUCCUGAUAAUGGAGUGUGCUGUGCAGUGAGUCUGGACGAGAGGGCUCAGCCAGUGAGAUCUGCUUCUGUGCUCUGUGUGUCUGCACCAGUGCCUGUUCCAUCCAUUUCACUCAGUAUUGAAUGGGUUUGUAAAUCAGUGUUAGAUUAUGAUUAUUUUUUAGUUUUCUGUAAAGAGCAAUAAAAGAUUGGCAGACCUGG